CAGAAAGAAAUUGUCAUUUUACGUUUCUGUAAACUAAGGAUAAGUUACAUUGCACAUUACUAUAUAGCAGAGACGUUAAAAAACAUGCUGUGGUGAGUGUGUGGAUAUGUUUAGGCACAAAAGCCACCUGGUUAUGGUUGGGAAAAGAUCAAGGGAGCUGCCUUGGUCCAUUAUUAUUCUCACUUUACAUGCUGCCACUUGGUGACAUCAUUAGAGAACACAAUGUCUGUUUCCAUAGUUACGCAGAUGACACCCAACUGUACAUCUCUGCUAAGCCAAACGAUGCUGCAGCCAUAAACUCCAUUAGUAACUGUCUUUUGGCAAUAAAUAAAUGGAUGAGCAAUAAUUUCUUAAAGUUAAAUGAAGACAAAACUGAAAUCCUGCUUGUCGGCUCUAAAACAAAAAAUAUGGGGAGUUAAACUCCCUGGAUUAAAUGUGAGGUGACAAGUCUUGGUGUGAUCCUUGAUUCAGAUCUUACUGUGCGUUCACACCAAACGCGAUCGACGCGAUAUCAUCGCCCGUAACGCGAGUAUCGCGUCGCUUGUUCAUGUCGCUUGAUCACAAAUGUCACCUUUUUGAUCAUCGCUUCAUCGCUUCAGUCAUGAUGACGCAACCCUCCUCCCGCAAUUUUCUUCACCUCCUGUUAUUUUCUUGUCAACCAUGGCUGAGUUAACUACCGUAGCAGCUCUUUAUCUGUUGUGGACAUCUGAUUUGGAUCGGAGACCCAAACGCCGCCGUGUCUGGGUUCACAAUAUCCUCCAGAAACGCACACAGCUGGGUGAAUAUCAUCACCUCCUGCAAGAGCUGCGUCUGGAUGACGGUCGUUUCCAGAGGUACUUCAGGCUGACGCUGGCCCAGUUUGAGGACCUGUUGGCCCGUAUCGGUGCGAGGAUCUCCCGCCUGGACACCAACUACAGGCACUCCAUCCCAGCUGUGGAGCGUCUGUCCAUCUGUCUCCGGUUAGUUGCUCAUAAUUUCUUUAUGAAAAUGAACGCUGAUUGGAUGUCGCUUGAAAAGUUCAAAUUUUUCAACUUCAAGCGACACACGUGAUGACGCGUCAUCACUUCAUCGCGUCGCUCUUAUCGCCUGAAACGCGUCACCCGAAGCGACAUUGCAUGUCAUCGCGUCAUUUACAUUGAUUUUGAAUGGAAACUUGUGGCAUUCAUCGCGUCCAUCGCGUUUGGUGUGAACACACAGUUAUCCUCAAGUCCCACAUUAACAAGGUGACGACAUCACCUCAGAAACAUUGCCAAGGUACAACUGUUUCUGGAUGAAAAAGAUGCAGAGAAAUUGAUUCAUGUCUUUAUUUCAAGCCGCCUCGACUACUGUAACGCACUUUUUGGCCUCCCAAUAAACACCACUGAGAUACUUCAGCUGAUUGAAAACUCUGCAACUUGGCUACGAACGAGAACCAAGAGGAGAGAGCACCUCAGGCCAGUCUGAGCUGCUCUGCGCUGACUUCCUGUUACAUUUAGAAUUGAUUUUAACGUCCUCCUCCUUGUUUUCAAAGACCUACAUGGGCUGAGACCAAGCUACAUUGCUAACUGCCUUGUUAACUAUUUGCCUCCAAGAACACUGUGAUCAUCUGCUGCUGGCUUAUUGGAGGUUCCCAGCAACAGCCGGAAGAAGAUCGGGAUGCAGCCUUUGUCGAUUACGCCCCCAAACUAUGGAACACACUACCUGUAGAUAUCAGGGAGGCUAGCUUGCUAAGUAUUUUUAAAAGAAACCUAAAAACAUAUCUGUUCAUUUAGCCUUUAACUAGCUCUGACUUCCUAAAACAGGUCAGAAACUCUUUCUAUUUACGCUUCACUGCUGCAACUCUUAAAAUCUUACUUGAUUUUAUGAUUUAUAGUUUUACAAUUUACAAUAAUUUUGUUUUCUCUUAAAAUGUCCAGUUUGGGGUGCACAAUCCCAGCAGGAAAAGAAGCAAUAUCUUGAUAAAAAAAUGACCUUUUGUGCCUGAAAGCUGGUGGAAACACAGCAAUGAUUGGCUAAAUCACAAAUAGUUUUGUAGGUUUUUUUGGUAUCCAACUGUGGUCUGUUGCUUGGCAGGCAUCUGUACCUUGGUAACACAACAUCCCCUACACUUCCAGAUGAAAGGUCAGUUCACUAUAUCACUUUAAAAUUGUUGACACUAGCUAGAUAGCAUGUUAGCUAGUUAAACAUUUUUGACGUCCACUUUAUUGCAAAUGUAAUAAUUUCCAUAUUUAAAAGGAACCAGCAAAAUAUGGAGUGAUACUCGACACACGAAUACACACGAUUUCUUGUUGCGUUUUAAUUGGUGACUGGCCGUGUAUUAUGCAGACAUGAAAGGACAGCUUUUCUUGUCGGUGCCUGGCGCUGGAAGUCACUGACCAAGCGCAGGAUUUCAAUGACUUCAGAGUAAGAGUGGGUUGCAGUUUCUCUAAUGGCCACUUGAGGCUGGCUCCAGAAGCCAGUCAGAUUCAUUAUAUGGUAUAUGAAUUCCCUACAACUCACUUAUAUUUCUGUUAGCAGGUAUGUUGCCAGGCCAUGUUGCCCUAAAAAGUAACCCAACCUCAUGUAUGUUCUCAAGUCAACAUUGUUUUAUUCUGUGUUACAUGGUGUUGUCCUCAGACCAUCAUGUGGGUACAGACCUCCAGUCAUCAUAGCAUUUUAUAUCUGAUUGGUCGAGAGACAGUAAAACCGUGACGAUACUACAACAUCACGGUUAUUUCACUGUGUAUGUAUCACUCCGCCUCACAGCUGAUUGCAAUCAACAAUCAAAUUAAAACUGACGGUUAGUGUCAGUUAGGUCAGCAGUUGCGUUGUAGGCUAAUUAAUUCAUCCACUGUCAAACAGCCAAAAAUAUGGAUUUAUUUCCUAAAAUAAGUUUUGAAUUGAACUAUGAAUGGUCAUCAGAGGAAGAUGAGGGAGAGGAGAAGGUGAAUCCAUCUGAGCACACAUCCAGGCUUGUCAGUGUUUCAUCAGCGGAGCUCAAUGACUUGGAGAAAAGCAAGAACGAAGCUAACACUGUGAGGCAGACAAAAUGGGCCGUCAGCUGCUUUCAAACUUGGCUGCGUGCAAAAGAAAUAACCAUCGACUUCCAGUCCAUUGAGAAAACAGAGCUGAGUGAAGUUUUGAGGGAGUUGUAUGGCUCAGCACGGACAACCAAAGGAGAGCCAUAUGGGAUCAGCAGUUAUCUCGGACUUCGCGCUGGUCCAAACCGCUUCAUCAGAGAGCCUCCUGUCAGCCGUUCAUGGGAUUUAAUGCAGGACUCAUUCACGCCAGCUAAUAGCGUUUUCAAAGGAGUGGUCAAGCAGAUCAGAAGAGCUGGAAAAGACAGAACAACACAUCCUCCUGCGAUGACACCAGAGGACCAGCUGAUUUUAAAGCAAUCUGCAGCACUUCAGCCAGAGAAUCCCAAAAGUCUGCUCAACAAGGUCUGGUAUGAUCUGCAGCUGCAUUUUGGACGCAGAGGGAAGGAGGGGAAUAGGGGGCUUAAGCCUGAUUCAUUCAUCUUAAAAUGUGAUGAAAAUGGAGCGAGGUAUUUCACCAUGUCAUUUAACGAGGACACAAAAAAAUCACAAAGACCCAAUGGAGAGGGACAGGGAAAAUAGGAGGGGUGCUAUGUACGAGGAGCCAGGUAACCCCCUCUGCCCAGUUGCAUCCCUGGAAAAAUAUUUAAACAAACUUCCACCAGAUGCAAAUGCCCUUUAUCUGAAGCCCAGGAUGACAGCAGCUCACACAGACAAUAUCUGGUACACUAAAGCUCCGCUGGGAAUAAAGUCACUCGUACAGAUGCUGCUGGAGAUUUGUAAAGAGGCGGGGACAACAGCUAUCUACACCAAUCACAGCCUCAGGGCGACUGCCAUACAGAAGCUGUCAGAUGCGGGACUUGCGAGGGAGAUCAUGACAGUGAGUGGGCACAGGUAUGAUGUUGUUUUAACGUAGCCUAUGUGUAAAGUUAGUCUUCUAAUUAGGAGUUGGGCCCUAAAAUAUAACUUUUGUCUUGCAGGUCUGAGAGCUUGUUAAAAAGCUACUGGAAGCCAUCCAUGGAGAGCAGGAAACAAUGGAGCAACAUACUGUCAGAUCAGAAGGCAGAGUUGGCGGUGCCUGUGAAGCGACAGUCCACCAUGCAGUCACCAGAGACUUAUUUCACCGGCUGCACAAUUAAUGGAAAUGUGCAGACAAAUGUGUAUAAAGAGUAGGCACCAUGUCUGCGUUACAUAGCAACGGUGACAGCGGAGUCCUGAGGGAACUAUUUUUGUUGGCGGAAGACAAAUAAAAUGCUUAAAUUAUCUAUUUUGUCCUCAUUUUUCAACAUUUCUUCAUCAGCCUUGCUUAUUUAACUGUUGAACUGUUGUAUAAAAGCAAUAUCACACUCGAGCUCGUCAUGUUAUACUCGUAUAUCGUCACGGCUGUGAUUGUCUUUGGCCUAUGACCGAAUCACAGCCGUGACGAUAUACGAGUAUAACAUCACUCCCUCUCGUGUGAUAUUGCUUAAAUAGAUGUGGUCUUCAUAGAAAGUGUUACCUUUAAAAAAAAAAAAGAAAAAGAAGCCAAUAUUUCUUUAGGGAGUGCAGUCAGUUGGUGUAGGCUCCAUGCUAGCUCUGACAGCUUGAGGGACCAUCAUAAAGGGGCGGGGCUUAGCAAACCCCCAAAGAUGACAUUCUAGAACUGGACAGAAACCACUAAGUACCAGUGAGUUUGAAAAGUCAGGAGUGACCAGAGGAGCUUCAGGAACACCACAAGUACCAGACGGUUUUAAGAAGUUGCAAGCGACCGGAGGAGCUACCACCAUGUUUGGACUGUGUGGUAUUCGACUAAAGGUUUGUUUCACAGAUGACUGACACCAUCCUCUGUAGAUUUUUUUUUACUUGUUUUGAGGCCUUGUGAACGGAAAAAACUUUUCUCCCAGGGCACUGUAUAGACCAGUGCUUCCAGUUGUGAGACCAAAACCAGACCUUAACAUAUUUAUUGAUGAAAUAUUUCUUCAGAUAGUGACAGUGUGGCUCCAUGUUAGGAAUCCAUGUUAGGAAUCCAUGGUAACUCUGACAGCUUGUGGAACCUUCAUAAAGGGCUUAGCAUUCUAGAGCCAUUCUGUUCUGACUCACGGAACUGAAUCACUACACAUACCAGAAAGACACAAGCAACCACAGGAGCUACUGAAUCAGUACAAGUACCAGACAGUUUAGAAAGUCACAAGUGAACAGAGGAGCUACCACCAUGUUUAGACUGUGUGGUAUUCGACAACAGACAAAUAAAACACCUGCAGAGGAACACAUGGCAGAUACAAGCAAACCCUGCUCAAGCUCUCACAUGAGUGAUGCUGCCACCUCUGCUCCGGUCUCAGCAAAGCCAGCUAAGACCAGAAAACAUAAAAAGACCAGGAGGAUAAUGAAACGCCUCUUCGGUCAGAGCCAGAAGACACAAAGGACACAAAAGGACACCGAGGGACGAAACGAAAGUGACCCCACCUUAGCAGUGACAUCAACAGAGGUGAAACUGAAGCCGAAGAAGACUCCUUGGUGGACUCGGCUGUUUGUUCGUGUCAAGGCUGCUGAGGAUGACAACGACAAAGGACAGAAGGAACCUAAGACAAGCAGUCCUGAAACACCAGACGAGACCACCACGGAGCAAGACACGACCGAACAAGACGUGGUCUCAGUUCAGGACAUCGGUGAGACAAAGGAGGAUGAGACCAGUGAGGACAGGACGACCCAGGAGCAAGAGACAACUGAACAAGACGUGGUGUCAGUUCAGGACAUCAGUGAAAAAGAGACAAAGGAGGAAGACACCAGUGAUAAUGAGACGACCCAGGAGCAAGAGAUGAGGACACUUCCUCAACAGGAAGAGGUGGCACCGCUUGUCUCAGGGGAGAAGAAACUCUUUUCACUCUCUGGCGGGCAGUCACGCCUGUUUGACGAUGACUUCUUGCUGCCUGGGUUGCCCGACAACGCCAUGAUGAUGGGGGACAACAUCGAUGUGCUGAUGGAGCGAUUCUACAGCAACACAGCGAGCGGCGUCAGCGUCAGUGGUGGUGUAAAGGGGAGCAACACAUCGAUCAGCUGCUUCGGAUUUCCAAACAUUGGGCAGAGCUGUUAUAUGAACUCCAGCCUGCAGAGUCUCCUGACGCUGGAGACGUUGGUCAGGGACAUCAGCUGCCAGGAGCCGAUCUGGAGUUCAGUUCCUGAGGCCCAACUGAUGAGAAGAUUCACAGCGAUCAAAGAGGUCCACACUUCCACAGGCCCCAUCAUUAAGGUGGCCCUCCUGCGCUCAUUUAAGGAGGAUGUCUCGGUUCAGGCGCCCGAGUUCAGCGACUCUGAACAAAAAGACGCUCAUGAGUUCCUGAUAUCGGUCCUGAACCAGAUGUGGAGCCUGUCCCCUACGCUGCAAAACACUGCAGUCUGCAUGGGCAGGAAGUACACCUGCCCUGUGGAGGACCACCUGGUGUUCAAGAUGGAGAACACCAGGACAUGCAAGCGGUGUGGCGCCGAGUCAAAACGACAGGAGGUGUACACCAACCUGUCUCUGGAUCUGCUUCCUGGAGGGUCUGUAGAAGACAUGCUCCAGGAGUACCUGAAGGAGACAGAGUUGGAGUACAGAUGCGAGUGCGGGGGAAACACAUCAGGCCAGAGGUUGGCCUUUGAGACCCUGCCAAGAGUGCUCAUCUUCCACCUGAAGCGUUUCCGCUUCACUUCGUACUACGAGGUGGAGAAGGUCAACUACCCUGUCGAGCUGCUCAGAGACCUGGUGGUGUCCUGCAAACAGGAUGGCGUCUGCUACAGCUUAGUCAGUGUCAUCAGCCAUUUGGGCUCCACUGGAGAAUCAGGACACUACAUCAGCGACGGCGUCCAUCCAGAUGACCGUCCAGACGAGCCCACUGACCGCUGGCUCAACUUCAACGACUCAGUGGUCACUGAAACAUCAGGCUGGUCCGUCUGUGAAGAGCGGCAGAAGACAGCUUACAUCCUGUUUUACAAGAGACAUGAGUAAAACAGGAGCUGGAAAGGUGGACACUCUUGAAGAACUUGUAGAACUCCAGGAAGGGAACAUUGUUGGACGAGAGGAGGUAGUCUAGAGCUGUCCUAAAUACCAGUUUUGGGGCAUUGAAGUUUCAGUGAUAAUGUCAGUGAUUAAUUGAAGCUUCCUCUGCUGCAGGAAGGACAUCGCUUCUGUCUCCAUGCGAGGAAGGAAGGUAAGUAUGCUUUCAUUUCUCCAGGUGGUGAACGUGGAGGUUGACCAUGACGACCACUGAGGGAUGGACAACAACCUAAGGACAGAAGAAGACACCCCGUGACCAGGAGCAGCUGGAUAUGUCACAGCCCUCAGGAGGAAGGGCCACCGUCCCCCCAGAGAGCCAGGUUCCUCCCAAGGUUUCUUCCUCCCAGAGGGAGUUUUUCCUUGCCACAGUCGCCCCACAGUUGCUGGACAGCAGAACCAAUCCCUCUCUGCUCGUAAGCAGUGACGCCAUGUUGGAAGUGAUCUCUGACAGAACUGUUACUGUCACGCUGCAGAGACGGUUUGGUAUUGUUCCAGCACGGCUUGCUCUCUGGGGAGGAGUGUAAGGCCUUGCCUACACUUAGACAGAUGUUGUGUUAUGUUUUGGCCUGUGGUGGCACGGUGGUGCAGUGGUGAGCACUGUCACCUCACAGCAAGAGGGUCCCAGGUUCACGUCCAUCAGGCAGCUGGGCCCUUCUGUGUGGAGUUCACAUGUUCUCCCCGUGUAAGCCUGGGUUUUCUCCAGGUGCACUGAUUUCCUUCCACAGUCCAAAGACAUGCACAUAAGGUUAAUUGGUGACGAUAGAUAAAAUAUUUUAUAUACAUAUAUACAUAUAUAUUUAUUAUUUAUAUAUGUAUAUAUAUAUAAAAACUAAAUGAAUAAAAUAUAUAAAUAAAUUAACUCUUUGUAUUUUCCUGCCUGUCAGUACCAGUGUAAGUCUUACAGUCUAAAUGAGGCUCAGUGAACAGGAACUUUGCUUUAAUGGUUCUCUAACAGCCUUUAAAUGUUGUGGUCAAAGUGACAAUGUGGUUUAUGUACAGGCUGUGUCACAUGAAGGUGUUUGCAGCCAUUUUAUUGAGGAAAAGUGUUUUUCAGUCAUGGUCCCUCUAUGUCACAGUUUGAAAUACAUGUACUAAAAUAACAUUCAGUGUUUGUACAGGUCCACACAGGGACUGUUCUGAUACUACUAUCAUAAUGUUGUAAUAGUUUUUCACGACAUAUAUCGGCCGAUAAUGGGACAUUUUUAUUCUUAUGCGAUAAAUAGGGUCGAUAAUAUGAAGCCAGGCUGCUUUCACUUAUUUAACAAGGGCAGUGUCAAUACACCCGACACAGUGGGUGGAGGGACAUGUGCCUUUAAACUUCGUCUGCGAGUCGCCAAUAUACACAGUUAAGAAGAAGAACAACAACUGCAGCACGCUGUCUAGAGGCAAAACAUGUCGCGAUGUGGACGUCUUUUACAGUUCCAGAGAAGGACAACAGGAUUGUGGUCUCAUCUCCAAAACCCCACCAGAUCAACAAACUUCCUGCAGCUGUUAAAUAGGUUAGACACAGUGAAGGACCCCUGAGGUCAACAUCCAUGAGAAGGUCUCAAGACAACAUCAUAUAACAGACAGUAAAGGUAUGUUGACUUGAGAACAUACAUGAGGUUGGGCUACUCUUUAGGGCAACACGGCAACAUACUUGCUAAGAGAAAUUAAAGUGAGUCAUGGGGAAUACAUAUACCAUAUAAUGAAUCUGUAUAACAAAAAUUGGUGAUAUAAAAAGAGCUGGAGUGUUGACAUAUAUGCUGUUGCAAUAUUGCCCAAUAAUUGCCUGGAGUAUCCCUCGUUAGUUUGCUAGUGCCUUUUAAAUAUGAAACAUUUUACAUUUGCAGUUAAGUAGAGGUCAACAACAGGGGGCAUCUAUCAUCAUUUCUUGUUGAUGUGUUCAAAUAAGUCUUUUAAACUGCAGGCCCUGUUUUCUUUUUCUUUUUUUGUGUCAUUUUGACUGUUUAUUUGUUUGUUUUUUGUGCAUUAUUGAAUCUUAGCCUUUUAUAUCAUCUUGGCCAAGGCAUCACAGAUGAAAAAUAGCCUUCUGGCUAAUUCUGGCAUUUUUUUUUUACCACGUGUGUUUAUUAAUUUGCACUAAACUAAACUAAACUAAACUAAACCAAAUCUGUGAGUUGGGCUCAGGUGAGUUCAGGACUACCAUAAACAGCACACAUCCAAGAAGGAGGUGAAACACCAGGCAGGCAAAAUUUGUUCCAAAGUGAGAGUAAAUCAAGGGUUGGCUUUCACUUUCACUCUCACUGGCGAGCACUAAGGGAGAGGAUGGGCAUGAAAAGUGAUGCAGAGUUGACCUGUUGUCUGUUGGACAGGUAGGUGGCGUAACUUUGGUUGUUUGCAAGGUAGCAAAUAAAAUUAUGUGUAGGUUAAAUUAUUCAUCACUGGUUCAGUAGCUACAGUACCUGUACCUGUACAUCUGACACUGAUCACACUCUUGAAUCCCAUGAAAUCAAUGCUGCGCAGAUGAAUUGCGUGUAUUACAAUUAUUGUCUAACAUCAUUGCGUCUGAUAAAUUGGUCUUCUUUGUCAUAACGUUAUAUAUGCUACAAUAAAGCUUAAAGCUGACACCACAAUUAAAUCAUAUCAACACCAAAUUGAUAGUCUGAAUAAAAUCAUCCUGAUAUUGAGCUGUGUUAGAAAUUAACAGUUGCACAAAAAUAUACCUAGUCUCCCUCUUUAAAAAACAAAAAGGAAAAUCCCUCAAACACCAUGAAGUGUAGACAUGAUAGGCUACUUUCCACAUUUCCAGCAGCAAAGCUGUCAAUUAGGCCCAUUAUCUUUAACAGGGAUCAUUUCCUCCAACAAAACAAAAUGUUGGCACUAAUUAAUGGUGCUAUUAAGAGUCCGCAAAUGAUCAGUUUCUUUCUUAUGAAGGGGUGGGAUGAAAGUUCGACUUCUUUCCACUCCUUUUUGAACAAUCUUUUCAUUGUCUGUUGUUGUUCCUUUUUUUUCUUUUUUAAUGUUCAAAAUAAACUUUCAAAUCAAAAUCAAUCAAAUUAAUUAAACUUCCCGUCAUGACUGGGCUGCAUUUCUGUCAGCGGAGUCAUUUUUUUUUCCGAACAGCUGAUUGGCCAGUGGCUGGUGCUUUUUAUAGGAUCAGAUUCAACCCUGAACUUACCCUGCUCCGGAGCAGGAUAGCCGUUCAGAGUAAGUUACCAUGGUGAUCUACCCCGAUAAGAACUGAAAACCCAGGGUUAAUCCUGAAGUUACCUCGCUAAGA